GUACAUGCUGUAUCAUCUCACUUUGCACAUGCGUAGCUGGGAUCAAUUUUGAGCUAUCUCGCUAUCCUCGCUACGUGUAUGGGCUGCCAGAGGACAUCAGUCAUGGCUAUGGCUGGUCCAUGUUCUGUGCCUGGGGGGGCCUGGGCCUCACCCUGCUGGCUGGGUUCCUCUGCACGUUGGCCCCCUCACUCAACACUUCUCGGGCAUCUGUACAAAAACCCAGACAAGAAAAUGGGGCCGUGUGA